AUGCAAGAGGAAGCCAAGGCCUCCAUCAUCCUGGGAAGGCCGUUCUUAGCCACUGCUGGAGCUGUCAUUGAUGUCAAAAAGGGUGAUCUCACCCUGAGAUUACACAAUAAAAAGAUGACAAUCAAUGUGUUUAAGGCCAUGAGUUACCCACCAGAACAAUUGGGGGAAUGUAUGAGGUUGGACUCACUUGAAGAGGAAGUGCAGGAGAGUUUUGAAGAGGAAGAACCUGAAGAGUUAACAGAGGAGGAGUCAACAUCUAGUGAAGAGGUUGUAACAACAGAGAUUUGCAUACAAGGUUCACAAAAGAAAGAGAAUGAAAAGAUAGAGGCACCCAAACUUGAACUCAAAGCACUGCCACCUACUCUCAAAUAUGCAUACUUAGGAAAGAAUGAAAGUUACCCAGUAAUCAUAAACUCAUCCCUCAGCCAAGAUCAAGAGGAUGAACUACUCCAAGUAUUGCGAAAUCAUAAGGAUGCCAUUGGAUGGACCCUCGUUGACCUGAAAGGAAUCAGUUCAGCCAUAUGCAGGCAUAAGAUACUGUUGGAAGAUGAAGCCAAACCGUCCAUUCAAUCCCAAAGGAGGCUUAACCCAAUCAUAAAGAAAGUGGUACAGAAAGAAGUUAUGAAAUUAUGGCAGGGAGGAGUAAUCUACCCGAUCUCAGAUAGCCCCUGGGUCAGCCCCGUGCUUGUCGUGCCCAAAAAAGGAGGAAUCACUGUAGUCCCCAAUGAGAAGAACGAACUAAUUCCUACAAGGACCGUCACAGGAUGGCGGAUGUGCAUAGACUACCGGAAACUCAAUGAGGCUACACGAAAGGAUCAUUUCCCCCUCCCAUUUAUGGAUCAGAUGUUGGAAAGACUCGCAGGACACGCAUAUUAUUGUUUUCUCGACGGCUAUUCAGGAUAUAACCAAAUAGUGGUUAAUCCCAGAGACCAAGAGAAAACCUCAUUUACUUGCCCAUAUGGAGUGUUUGCCUACAGGCGAGGAAUAGUCCUUGGCCAUAAGGUUUCUAACCAAGGCAUUGAGGUGGACAGGGCUAAGGUGGAACUUAUUGAAAAACUUCCUCCACCUAGUGAUGUCAAGGCAAUUAGAAUUGGGGCAGUGUUAGGACAGAGGAAAGAUAACUUAGUCCAUGUGAUAUACUAUGCGAGCAAAGUCCUUAAUGAUACUCAAAGAAAUUAUACCACUACUGAAAAGGAGUUGCUAGCAAUAGUUUUUGCAUUUGACAAAUUUAGAUCAUACCUCAUUGGUGCUAAAGAAUUCAAUAUUGAAAUCAAAGAUAAGAAAGGAGUGGAGAACAAGGUAGCAGAUCACCUAUCCAGAAUCCGUCAUGAGGGAGGUGGAACACAUGAUACAAGUGUGAACGAGCUCUUCCCUGAUGAGCAAUUGAUGACAAUUCACAAAGCACCAUGGUUUGCAGACAUUGCCAACUUUAAGGCAACCGGGGCCCUACCUCCAGGGAUCAAUAAGCAUAAAAAAAGAAAGCUCAUAAAUGAUGCAAAAUAUUUUGUCUGGGAUGAGCCAUAUCUCUUCAAGAAGUGUUCAGAUGGAAUCCUUAGAAGAUGUGUCUCGGAAGAAGAAGGACGAGAGGUCCUAUGGAAUUGCCACGGCUCAUGCUUUGGAGGUCAUUUUGGAGGGGACAGAACUGCAGCAAAGGUGCUACAAAGCGGAUUCUUUUGGCCCACCCUUUUCAAGGAUGCCAAAGAACUAGUAAAGAGCUGCAAUGAAUGCCAAAGAUCUGGAAACUUGCCCAAAAGAAAUGAGAUGCCACAAAAUUUCAUCUUGGAACUGGAACUCAUUGCUGCUGGUGCAAAGAGGAUCUUGCAGCUGCAAGAGAUGGAGGAAUUUAGAUCACAAGCCUAUGAAAAUGCCAAGAUUUAUAAAGAAAAGGCAAAGAGAAGACAUGACCUGCAUCUUGCACCCAGGAGUUUCGAAAAGGGGCAAUAA